AUGACACGCUUCUUUGGCCUUCGUGGCACUCGCCUCAAUGUUGUGACCAUUAUCGCGGUGUUGAUGCCCGGCAUUCUGUCCGUCGGAUACAAUGCAGCAUCACUCGGUGGUGUUUUGAGCCUGGGAAGCUUCGAGAGACAAUUUCGCGAAAUCGACGUUCCCGAUGCUCCGAAUAGGAACCUUGCUUCUACCAUCCAGGGUACUGUUGUGGCAGUCUACGCGAUUGGAGGUUUUAUCGGCACUUUCGGUUGUAUAUGGCUGGGAGACAUGCUGGGACGCCGGCGGGUGAUCAUGUCAGGAGCAGUCGUUCAGGUCAUAGGCGCCGUUCUCAAUGCGAGUGCUUAUUCUCUGGUCCAACUGAUUGUUUCACGUCUGUUCACUGGUAUCGGAACUGGUGCCCUACUAGCCACGAUUCCUCUCUGGCAAUCUGAAAUAUCCCCUACCAUGAAGCGCGGUGCACAUGUUGCCACGAAGGGCAUCUUCAGUGGUCUUGGGUGUGCCCUGGCUUUAUUCUUGGACUUUGGCCUAUCGUUCAAGGAUGAGAGCAUGGCCUGGCGCUUGCCUGCCGCAUUCCCUAUCGUACUUUCGAUCGCUGUUUUCACGUUUAUAAUUUUCCUCCCCGAGUCGCCUCGCUGGCUUAUUCUUCGAGGGAGAAUUUCCGAAGCUCAAGAAACCUUGGCGAUGUUGGAGGACAAAGCUCUCGAUGAUAGAGUUAUUGAAACACGCAUUGAGGAAAUGCAGGCAUCUUUCAAUCUAGCAGGAAGCCAAAAGACUCUUGCACAGCUGUUUUCCAUGGGUCCUCAACGAACAUCUCAUCGAGCUUUCCUCGCCAUGACAGCUAUGACAUUCUUGCAAUUGACAGGAGCUACGGUGACCACGUACUACACGACCGCAAUCUUCGAGAAUAAUCUUCAACUCGACGAAACCACGUCCAGACUCCUGGCAGCGGUCUAUCAAUUGAUUGGCCCCAUCGGCGGCGUUGUCUGCGUGCUCACCAUUGAAGGUCUGGGUCGUCGACCACUAUUGAUGGCUAGCGCGACCGGGAACGCCAUAUGUCUUGCCCUGAUCGCAGUCCUAGGCUCCCAGACUGGCAAUAUCAUGGCAGCACAUGGUGCUGUCUUCUUCAUAUUCCUCUUCCAUUUCAGCUACAUCAUCGGGUUUGGUGGAAUUCCAUAUCUCUACGCCUCCGAGAUCGCACCCGCGAACCUACGAGCAACCAUCAGCAGCAUGAGCAUCAGUAUAUCAUGGGCAAUCAGCAUUUUGGUGGCCAAUGUCACCCCAAUCGCAUUCAAUCAUAUGGGUCAGCGAUACUUUCUUUUCUUUGCGGUCUUCAAUGCUGCGAUGGUCCCUGCGAUUUUCUAUUUGUUCCCGGAAACUGCUGGGCGCAGUCUUGAAGAGAUUGACGAGAUCUUUGCUCUGUCUAAAAGCCUCUUGGAUGCUGUUCCAACCGCCAAGAAGCUUCCGCCUCGACAACCGCAUGACCUGCCGCCGCCUGAGAAAGUGCUGGUUGCGGAUCUUAAGACUCUCGAUAGUCCUCUCGAAAGCCCAGUUUGA